AUGCUCUCCUUCAAACUCCCUCUACUUCUUCUACUAGCAGUGCCGGCCACUGUCUUAGCGUGCGAAGGCGAAUGCAUCGUCAGCAUCACAAACGCCUGGCGGGGCAACUAUACCGCCCGCCUCGACUCCGUCUUCCACAACCUCGCCUCCGAAAUCUCAUCCACCCUUCUUCCCUCCCACCAAGAUGCCCUCCCGCUCCUCCAACCCUUCAUCACGUCCUACCAAAACGCCUCCUACAACUCCCUAGAAAACGCCAUUUUCCCCUCCUUCUUCCACGGCAAAUGUCAAGCCGCACCAUCGUACACCGUCGAACCCCCCGGUUGCCCGAACCCAGACUGUCCCGUCGUCUGUGGCACGCCAGGGUCCCUUGUACACUUUUUCGCAAAGUUGAGGUUCAUUGCGUGGAACGAUACCAGUGAGCUUCUGAGCGGGCUGAUGACGCCUGGAAGUGGGGUUUAUGAGGAUGUGGAGACGGCGGUUGUGCAGGCGGCGAGGGAGGGUCAGAGGAGGUCGAGGACGAAGACGAGGCCGCGGACCUUGUUGGGCUCGAGCUACGACACCGGCUUAGAGACCGAAACCGAAACCGAGACGGACACGGACACGGAUUUGGAUAGCGGUCUGCAGACUAGAUGGGGAAGGUUCGCGAGGGCGCUCAGGAGGGCGAACGACGAUAAUGUGAAGGCGGGUCUGAAGACGACUCUUGCGAAGUUUUCGGACAUGUUGACGCAGACGUGUGGUGGGGACGCGUCGGAUGACGAGAAGGCUUUGCCGCAAUGCAGUUGGGAGACGGAAAUGAAGCAGUAUAUUCUGAGCUUCCCUUAG